CUGGUCGCGAGGGCGCACGCUGAUUGGUCGGCUCAGGGCCAGGUAAGCGUGUCUUCAUCCUCGAGACGCAAAAACACCGUCAAAUCUACCCGCAGCGCUUCGCAUUCAGACAGAGAGUUGAGAGCAGGAUAGGCUGGCUGCAGUGUUGCAUUCGAUCAUAUCUCUUGUUAAGGAAUAUCCGGACAGGAUGGCUUUCUCAAGGUCGCAGCCGUCGUGGCUGUCGACAUUCUUCUCCAUAGUCACUAUCCUGACGCUCUCUGCUCCUGUUCACUCCCUAUACUUCUAUGUCCAUGGACGACAGCCCAAGUGCUUCUACGAGGAAUUGCCCAAGGACACCUUGGUAGUCGGAAAUUACCAAUCCGAAGUCUACAACCCUCAUCUCAACGCCUAUGCCCCUGACAGCAGUAUAACCAUCACUAUCACUGUCGAUGAAGUCUUUGAUAACGACCACCGGGUUGUGUCUCAGAAGGGAGCUGAUAAGGGACGGUACACCUUUUCCACCGCCGAUGCGGGACAGCACAAGCUAUGCUUCACUGCAGACUCACAUGCGAAUAGCGGAUGGCUUUCUGGAGCUUCUGGCCCAGUGAAGUUAACCCUCGACAUGGCUAUCGGCGAGUCCAACCACUUAGAGUCUGAAGACAAGAGCAAGCUUGAUGAUUUGGUUGAGAGAGUCAGGAACUUGAACGGAAGACUCCAGGACAUCCGUCGUGAACAGGUCUUCCAGCGUGUAAGUACAUACGAACAAGACAAAAGUAAGAAAGCCAGAGAACAUCUUGACUGACAUGUAUCUUCUUCGAUGUCCAUAGGAACGAGAAGCCCAAUUCCGAGACCAGUCUGAAGCUACUAACUCUCGUGUCGUUCGAUGGGCUUUGAUUCAAACCGCCGUCCUCGGUGUAACGUGUGUCUGGCAAUUCUCUCAUCUACGAAGCUUCUUCAUCAAGCAGAAGCUUACUUAAAUGAAAUGGACAUGUACGAAGUCGAUGGAGCAUGAUGCUAGGUUAUGAAGUUAUGGAGGAUUUCUCUAAAAUACAAGGCCAUUUUUUCGAUCCAAGCCUGAUUAGUAUUUUCUUUAUUUUCAUGUUGAAAUGAGGAAAGUGGACAAAACCAGCACUUAACGAAAUAAAAGACAUUUCCUAUCGUCCUCUGUUGAGUUCCUGUUCCCUGUACUUCACCGUCCUGUUAGGUAGGCUGCGUGCUGCUGCUGAGUUCUGCGCUAUAUAUAUCAAUUCCAAAUCUUCAUGUACUCUGACACAUCAAUCAUCAACCAACAUCAGGCAUCCAUGCAACAUCCACGCCAUUCGAGUUGAUUUCUUCCCUUGUUAUGUACUCCGUAGCUCGUAUUCAAACACCAGGGCCACGCAGAGCCUCGGCUGGCAGUCAUUAUCAAAACCCAGGCUGCCCGUCCCCUUCCCCCCAC